UUGGCGUUUAUUAUCGCCGCCGGGACAGUGAAAAGAGAGAAGUGCUUUGAUCUCUCUUCUCCUCAAUCUUAAUCGGAGAUUUCUGUGAAGGUUUGAGGUCAUCGUAGAGAGAACGAAGAAAUCGUUCGAGAUCGAUUCCGUAAUCGUAGGGACGAUUUCUCUAUAAUCGAUGGCAUCAGAGGAUGUGAAAAGCACCGAAUCAGCAGCUGUUUCAACGAUCGUGAACCUGGCGGAGGAAGCGAAGUUAGCGAGAGAAGGCGUCAAAGCUCCAAGCUAUGCUGUCCUCACCAUCUGCAAGUCUCUCUUCGCCGGUGGCGUCGCUGGUGGAGUGUCACGAACUGCAGUUGCUCCUUUGGAAAGGAUGAAGAUAUUGCUUCAGGUGCAAAAUCCACAUAACAUAAAGUAUAGUGGGACAGUCCAAGGGUUGAAGUAUAUUUGGAGAACCGAGGGCCUUCGUGGACUCUUCAAAGGAAAUGGCACCAACUGUGCUCGUAUUGUUCCUAAUUCUGCUGUCAAAUUUUUCAGCUAUGAGCAAGCUUCCAAGGGUAUACUCUACAUGUAUCGUCAGCAGACUGGAAAUGAGAAUGCCCAGCUCACUCCUGUUUUACGGCUUGGAGCUGGUGCAACUGCUGGAAUAAUAGCCAUGUCUGCAACCUACCCGAUGGAUAUGGUUCGUGGAAGGCUAACUGUCCAGACUGCAAACUCUCCUUAUCAAUAUAGAGGAAUUGCACAUGCUUUAUCAACUGUCCUGCGAGAGGAAGGUCCACGAGCCUUGUACCGUGGUUGGCUUCCAUCAGUGAUUGGAGUUGUUCCAUAUGUGGGCUUGAACUUUGCGGUCUAUGAGUCUCUAAAGGACUGGCUAGUCAAAGACAAUCCAUUCGGACUAGUGGAGAACAACGAGCUGACAGUUAUAACAAGACUCUCUUGCGGUGCUAUAGCUGGAACGGUUGGUCAGACAAUUGCUUAUCCACUGGAUGUGAUUCGUAGGAGAAUGCAAAUGGUCGGGUGGAAAAGUGCGUCCUCUGUUGUUACAGGCGAGGGGAUAAGCAAGUCUUCGCUUGAAUACAACGGUAUGGUUGAUGCAUUUAGGAAAACAGUUCGUCAUGAAGGCUUUGGAGCAUUGUACAAGGGUUUGGUCCCUAACUCAGUGAAGGUUGUACCAUCAAUUGCGAUUGCGUUUGUGACAUAUGAGAUGGUGAAAGACGUUUUAGGUGUGGAGCUCAAGAUAUCAGACUGAGUCCAUUUGAUGAUAUCUUCAACAAGAGAGAGAGAGCCGCACACUUCUAUUUUUGUAGCCAGAGGAGAGAGAGAAGAGAAGUUCAACAUUUAGGGAGCUUUUAUUUAAUCUCCUUUCAGCAUCCAUGUGGAAGAGCUUUAGCCAAACUUCUAUUUUUUUCUUUAGAUUGAGUUUUCUUCUGAAUCAAAAUAAUAAGCCAAGAGGCCAACUGUAUCAAACCUAUUUGGUACUAGAGCUUGUGUGUUUACAGGUUUUGGUUGGGUCUUUUGGUAUUAAGUUUAUCAUCAUUGUUAUGACUCUUAUUGGUAACUUGUGGAUUAGAUUGAAUAAUUCUACUGUUGUCUGCAGCUAGCCUCAGUGUUUUGUGUAUGCAUGGAACACACAACAAACUUGUAGGAACUCAAUAUCAUACCAUGUGCUAUGGUUGUUUUGG